UCUACCACUUCUCUCCUCAGUCCUCAUCAAAUCACCUCUCUCUGGCUCUCUCUCUAGUCUCUACCAAUCCAAUUUUUACUACCGUUUGUAUCAUUCUCUGUAGGAUUCGUUUAGUUUACUAUUUCGACUAGGUUUCAUUUCGUUUCGUUUCUAUUUUUUAGAUCUUCUCUUCUAACCCCUUAACCAAUCGCUCGUUGUUGUUUCUCUUUUGUGAUUUUUGUAUAACGGAUUCCUCCUAGUUGAAGGCAAUGGCUCGAUGCCCAAUUCAAUGAUCCUUUCUCCCUAGAGAUACCUCCAAAGAAAACCUUGACAGAUUCAUUCCGAAUAGAUCAGCCAUGGAUUUUGACUUUGCCUACUCGCAGCUAAUGGAAAGACCAAACCAUGAUCAGGCAACAAAGGAACAGACCUCAAACUCCAACUCCACUGGGAACUCUUCACUCUGUUUCUUCUUCUUCGCUUUACCAACAACAGCGUAAGCCGCCUAGACACAUCCCUAAGACUUGCGAGAGAAUGUUGGAUGUACCUGACUUUGCCGAUGACUCUUAUCUCAACUUGCUUGACUGGGGCAGUGAUAACGUUUUAGCCAUUGCAUUGCAUCAUACUGUUUAUCUCUGGGAUGCUUCUAAAGGUUCUACUACUGAGCUUGUCAUUGUUGAUGAAGAUACGGGACCUGUCACAAGCAUCAACUGGGCAGGAGAUGGUCGUUAUCUUGCUGUUGGGCUUAACAGCUCUAAAGUCCAGAUUUGGGAUGUUGCUGAUUGUCGUAGAGUGAGAACGUUGGAGUGUGGUCACGCGUCUAGAGUAGGAUCGUUGGCAUGGAACGAUCACAUCUUGACAACAGGAGGAAUGGAUGGGAAGAUCAUCAACAACGACGUACGGGUUAGUUCACACCUUGUCAACACGUAUAGGGGUCACACUUUAGAAGUUUGUGUGGUUAAUAUAUGGGACCGUUCUAGUAGUAGUCAGCGGCUGCACAUGCUUGUAAAGCACACAUCUGCAGUUAAAGCUCUUGCUUGGUGCCCUUUCCAAACGAAUUUGCUUCCAACUGGUGGCGGUGGGAGAGAUGGGAGAAUAAAGUUCUGGAAUACUAGGACAAGAGCUUGCUUGAACACGGUAGAAACUAGCUCUCAAGUUUCUUCUUUGUUAUGGAGCAACAAGGAAAGAGAGUUGCUUAGCUCACAUGGGUUUACUCAGAACCAGCUUACACUUUGGAAGUACCCAUCUAUGGUGAAAAUGGCUGAGCUCAAUGGUCACACAUCACGUGUUCUAUAUACGGCCCUGAGUCCGAAUGGUUGUACUGUAGCUUCUGCAGCAGCAGAUGAGAGACUGAUGUUUUGGAAUGUAUUUGGAGUACCAGAGGUUGCCAAAAAAGCUGCUCCAAAAGUACCUGAGCCGUUUUCUCAUUUGAACCGUAUUCGCUGAAGUUGUUGUGAAGCCAUUGUCUAAUUGUAUUUUUGCUACACAAAAGAAAUGUUUAUGCACAUUGUAUUAACAUGUUAAGUUGUUGUUUCUACCUGAAACGCUUGUAUAUAUCUCAUUAUAUGGAAAUUUUUUGAUUUUGCA